GUAUUCGCCUCCUAUUUACGCUGGUUUCGAUUAUUGAUUUAUUUUUAGAUUAAGGCUUUCUGGUUUCAGUAUUAUUUCUAUAUCCUGUCAUCAAUUUCGUUUCGACUGUGGAGCAGCAAUAAGGAAUUAUAGAAACCAGGACGACAAGAGUUAUAUUGCCAUUUUUAACCUUUGUUGCAUUUGAUGCUUUUUGUUUGUUUAGUCAUUAUCUUCUUGCAUGGCUAUUUUAUAUUUUAACUAUUUUGAAAGAAAUCAAUUCAUUGCUCCCAUGCUUUUUUUCAGCAUAAACAUCUACAUGUGCUGAGAGUCACAGGUGAAGUUUCAGAUGUUUUAUCAUUAGCAAUAAUGCUGUUUGUUUGUUAUAUACAGGUUGUCCUAUGAUUACAAUGUUUGCAAAAGAUAAGCUAGGCUUCGUGAGACGGAGAAACAAGUCUCCUUUAUAACAUUAGUGAUGCUAAAGAAACGUAUUUACUUUUGGGAAAGUCUUGCUUUCAGUUUUACCUAGCACAGCUUAAUAUUGUGUGAAUUCGGACACCCUGUAUAAAUAAUUAUUCUUCGCAUGUACUAACUUUAAUUUUUUUUGUUCAACAGGUAUGAUAUUCAGCAUGUGCGGGUUGAUGAUGCGACUGAAGUGGUGCGCUUGGGUGGCACUGUACUGCUCCUGCAUCAGUUUUGCCAACUCAAGAAUAUCUGACGAUACAAAACAGAUUUUGAGCUCAUUCAUGCUCUCCAUAUCGGCUAUAGUGAUGUCGUAUCUGCAAAAUCCUCAGCCAAUGACACCACCAUGGGCUUCAGCUGUCAACUGAGGCAUACUGGAUGGGGAAUUGGAUCAGUCAUUAUACCUUUAAGUGCAAACCAAUUUCAUUAAAUGAAGUGUGUAC